AUGACCAGGCCAAGUCAGAAUGUCAUUGAAGGACAACAUAAAAGCUCUCGGAGGAUAGUCGAAGGUUGCCAAAGGAUGGUUGGAAAGAGAUUGAAAUAUUGUCAGAGGAUUGCUGGGCAAGUCAGCAUGUUGGAACAUCACUGGAGGGUGAUUAGAAGGUCAUCAGAGGAUAGUCGGAGGUCGACAAAAGAUGGCCGGAGGCGACCGAAACAUCGCCAUAGGACAGUCGGGCAGGUCAGAACAUCGCCAGAGGGCGAUCGAAAGGUCAUCGGAGGAUGCCCGGAGGUGAAUGAAAAGUUUAUGGAGGAUGACCGGAAUGGCGCUGAAGAUUGUUGGAGUGGCACCGACCUUCGACGCCAGAGGAUGGCCGAAACGACGCUGUUAAAUGACUGA